AUGGCGGCGCACGGCUGUUGCUCAACAGAAUGGCCCUGCAGCGCAUCCUUGACCGACGCUCCCCGGGACCCCGCCGGCAAUGUGGGUGCCAGCUCACGGCCCCAGGCGCUCGGCCUCGACACGGCGCUUGCCGCGGUGGCCGGUUUCCCGCCCUCCCGGCUGAGCACGGAGAAGGCUGCCGCCUUCAGCCGGCGGCUGCGGGCCGAGCCCCGGUUCCUGCUGGCCCAGAACGUGGCGACAUGCAACGACCCGCUGGAGGUGUGCUUGCAGCGGCAGGUGGUGCAGGACACGGUGCAGGUUUUCCAGCACGCCGUGCCCGCCGAGGGCAAGCCCGUCACCAACCAGAAGAACUCCGGGAGAUGUUGGAUCUUUUCCUGUCUCAACGCAAUGCGUCUUCCUUUCAUGAAGAAAUACAACAUCGAAGAGUUCGAAUUCAGCCAGUCGUAUCUCUUUUUCUGGGAUAAGGUCGAACGUUGUUACUACUUUUUAAAUGCCUUUGUGGAAACAGCUCAGAAAAAGGAGCCUGUGGAAGGAAGACUGAUACAGUUCCUGCUGUCCAACCCCACGAAUGAUGGUGGACAGUGGGAUAUGUUGGUUAACAUUAUUGAAAAGUAUGGUGUUGUCCCCAAGAAAUACUUUCCCGAGUCUCAUACCACAGAGGCUACUAGAAGGAUGAAUGAGAUCUUGAAUCAUAAGAUGAGAGAAUACUGUUUGCGGCUAAGAAAUAUGGUGGAAGGUGGAACCAUGAAAGGAGAACUUUGUGCUGCAAUGGACAUGAUGAUAGAAGAGGUAUUCAGAAUAGUGAGUACUUGCCUGGGCAGCCCUCCGGAGACCUUCUGCUGGGAGUUCCGGGAUAAGGAGAAGAACUACCACAAAUAUGGCCCCAUGACACCAGUCCAGUUCUACAAUGAACAUGUGAAGCCUUACUUCAACAUGGAGGACAAGAUUUGUCUAGUGAACGAUCCUCGACCUCAGAACCCGUACAACAGGCUGUAUACAGUGGAGUACCUGAGCAACAUGGUAGGAGGGAGGAAAACACUCUAUAACAACCAGCCUGUUGAUGUCUUGAAAAAAUUAGCUGCAGCGUCUAUUAAGGAUGGCGAGGCUGUGUGGUUUGGCUGCGAUGUUGCAAAGCACUUCUAUGGCAAGCUGGGAAUCAAUGACAUGAAUAUAUUUAACCAUGAGCUGGUGUUUGGUGUCUCUGUCAAGAACAUGAACAAAGCAGAUAGAUUAAUCUUUGGAGAAUCAAUGAUGACCCACGCCAUGGUCCUGACGGCUGUCACCGAGAAGGAUGGGCAAGAAGAAGCAUUUGAAAAAUGGAGAGUGGAAAACUCCUGGGGUGAAGACCGUGGUAAUAAAGGUUACCUCAUCAUGACUGAUGACUGGUUUUCUGAGUACGUGUACGAAGUUGUGGUGGAUAAGAAGCACGUACCAGAAGACAUCUUGGCAGUGAUGCAGCAGGAACCGAUUGUUUUGCCAGCCUGGGACCCUAUGGGGGCUUUAGCCAAGUGAACUACAGAAUAUUUGCCUCUUAACGGUCAACCAGAAGUAGAUGCAAUAGAGAAUUCCAGUGGUUGGAAGCCAUAGCCAAAUGAUAAUGUGACCAAGCACUCAGCAUGGUCGCUAUUCUUGAAAUGUAAGUUAAGGAUCUUUGGGAAAUAGCGCUUUACUGACUUGACUGAACAAAGCUCUCAGACAGGCUACCCUGCAAAACUAAAAAGGGAAAAGAAAAAAAA